GAAAUGUUGAGUGGGCUUUUUGUUUGGUUUUUGUCUCACUCAACCGCUGCACACCAUUUUCGCCGAAUUAAUUGAACCACAUUUCAUCAGCAUUACCGCUAAAAUGUCCGAUUCUGACGAUUCAUUCGACAAGAACCGUCGUCAUGAUGAUGACGAAGAAGAAGAAGAAGUUGAUGAAGAAGAACCAGAAGGCGAAGAUCUCAACAAUGAUGAUGAUGAAGACGAUGACGACGAAGACGAGGAUGAAGAAGAUGAAGAUUCGGAUGAGCCGGCUCGACAUGGCAGUAAUAAACGUUCGAAAAAGAAUUCUCGCAAAAAGAAACGAAAAAAACCACGCCAUGGUGGAUUCAUCCUGGAAGAGGCCGAAGUUGACAGUGAAAUCGAAGACGAUGAAGAGUGGGAAGAAGGUGCCCAACAGGACAUUAUCGACAACAAAAUGGACAACAGCGACCAAUCGGAUCGCAAUCAACAUCGCCGACUGCAAAUGAUUCUGACCAGCGAAGAAGAUCAACUCGAAAAUUAUUAUCGAAUGAAAUAUGCCGAACCAACGUCGGCAGCACAUGGCUACGACAAUGAUGCUGAGCUUUCAAACAAUAUUUCACAACAGGCAUUGAUGCCCGGCGUCAAAGAUCCGAAUCUUUGGAUGGUCAAAUGUCGUAUUGGAGAGGAAAAGCAAACCGUGCUGCAACUGAUGCGUAAAUUCAUUGCCCAUCAAAAUUCGGAUGACCCGUUGCAAAUCAAAUCGGUAGUGGCACCAGAAGGCAUCAAAGGCUACAUCUAUAUCGAAGCAUUCAAACAAACACAUGUCAAACAAGCCAUUCAGAAUGUGGGCAAUCUACGUCUUGGUCUUUACAAACAGACUAUGGUUCCGAUUUCAGAAAUGACCGAAGUACUUAAAGUGACCAAAGAUACUUCCAAUCUUAAGGUUGGCCAAUGGGUUCGUCUCAAACGUGGCCUCUACAAAGAUGAUCUAGCCCAGGUGGAUUACGUUGAUGUUGCUCAGAACCAGGUUCAUCUCAAAUUGAUACCGCGUAUCGAUUACACUCGACUUCGAGGUGCACUUCGUGCGCCCGGUGGCAACGAUUCCCAAAAUGAUGCAGACAAAAAGAAACGAUUCAAAAAACCGGCUGCCAAAUUGUUCGAUAUGGAUGCUAUUCGAUCGAUUGGCGGUGAAGUAACGAAUGAUGGAGAUUUCAUCAUUUUCGAAUCGAAUCGCUAUCGUCGUGGCUUCCUAUACAAGGCAUUCAACAUGAAUGCUAUCCAAGUGGAAGGUGUUAAGCCUACGCUGGCAGAAUUGGAACGAUUCGAAGAACAUCCGGAAGGUAUGGAAAUUCAGUUGACCGAAUCCACAUUGGCCGAAGAUCGUGGUCAUUCCUUUUCACCGGGCGACAAUAUCGAAGUGAUCAGCGGUGAAUUGAAAGGCCUGACCGGUAAAAUAUUGACCAUCGAGGGUAAUCUCAUCAAAAUGUUGGCCAAUCAUGAAGAUCUUGAUGCACCGCUUCCAUUUCAACCGCAUGAAUUGCGUAAAUACUUUAAGCCGGGUGAUCAUGUCAAAGUGAUUGCCGGUCGUUAUGAAGGUGAUACCGGCCUGAUCAUUCGUGUGGAAGAUGACCAGAUUGUAUUGUUUUCCGAUUUGACUAUGCACGAACUUCGAGUGCUGCACAAAGAUCUUCAGCUAUGUUCCGAUAUGGCAACCGGUGUCGAUUCUAUGGGCCAAUAUCAAUGGGGUGAUCUGGUACAUCUGGAUGCCCAGACGGUCGGUGUCAUUGUUCGACUGGAGCGAGAGAAUUUUCAUGUGCUGAACAUGCAUGACCGAGUUGUUCAGGUGAAACCGCAGGCCAUCCUACGUAAACGAGAUUCGAAACGGGCCGUAUCAUUGGAUUCAGAUUCGAACCAAAUUCAAGUGAAAGAUCAGGUUCGUGUGCAUGAUGGCCCGUACACUGGUCGACAAGGCGAAAUCAAACAUCUAUAUCGUGGUAUUGCAUUUCUCUAUUCGCGUAUGGUAUUGGAAAAUGGUGGUAUAUUUGCAUGCAAAACCAGACAUUUACUGUUGCAAGGAGCUUCCAAAUCGCAAACAACUGCAACUGCAGCCGGUUUGUCUGCUGGUUAUAUGUCGCCCAGAGUUAUGCAAUCACCUGCACAUCCAUCAGGCGGUAAUGCCGCUAGUGGUGGUGGAGCGGGCACUGGUGGUGGUGGUGGUGGUUCACCAAUGCCACCGCGACAAGGUUUUCAACGCUCUGGCCGUGAUCGUAACGAUUUGAAUCUGAUUGGCAAAACAAUCAAAAUCACACAAGGUCAUUAUAAAGGCUAUAUCGGUAUCGUCAAAGAUGCGAUUGGAGCAACAGCUCGUGUCGAACUGCAUACCAGUUGCCAGACAAUCACUGUGGAUAAAACUCGUAUUGCCUUGGUCACGGCCGAUGGACGUAUCUUGCCAAAUGCAGCAACCGGUGGUCGUUCUGCCACCGGAAUGGAUUCAGCGGCCAGCACACCCAAUCCGUACUCGGGCAAUCGUACACCAUCGUAUGGUUCGCAAACACCAAUGCAUUCCGGCUCAAGAACGCCGUUACACGAUCCAAGUCGAACGCCGCUGCACGAUGGAUCGCGAACACCUGCAUGGGACUCGGGCGCCACACCACGACCCGAAUUCGAAGACUAUCUGGACACAUCUCCGUCGCCCGGUACAUUCCUUGCGCCAAAUACACCGAGCUACAAUAAUCCUGAAACGCCUCAAGCCUAUACACCGGCCACUCCGGGCAUGUAUUGCGGAUCCGAUUCAACGCCCUAUUCGCCCUAUCCUACCACAUCACCAUCACCAGGUGGAAGCAGUGGCUAUCUGCAUGGCAUAGCACCUUCACCAGGUUAUCUGGCACCAAGUCCAGCUUCGACGGGAAGUGCUUCCUACCAUAAUCCGCACAGUGUUGGACCAUCACCAUCGGUUCCGUUUGGUUAUUCACCGAUGACGCCGGAUGUCAAUUCUCCUCAUCUCAAUCCACAAACACCGGGUGUGGGUAUUGGAGCCGAUCCAAGCGGUGGUUAUGCAUCGGAUUGGUUGUCCACUGAUAUGGAAGUGCGCAUCAAAUCUAUUCAUCAGGACGAAGAUCUUAUUGGCCAACAUGGUUUCAUUCGAAGUAUAUCCGGUUCGAUGUGUUCAGUGUUUUUGCCGCAAGAAGAUCGUGUUGUGUCAAUUUUGUCGAGCAAUCUGGAGCCAGUCGAUCCGCAACAUCAUCCCUAAUAAGCAUUAAUUGUCAUUGAUAGAUUAUCACUAAAACUAAAAAAUAUCAUUCUAUUUUAUUAUUAUUUCCAUUUUUGACCAUCAUCAUCACGAUUUAAUAAAGCAAUCAAGCCAAUGAUUA